GGGGGGGUGUCUUUGACUGAGAAGACAAAUUUGUCCACAUGGUUCACCUGAUAGGAGGAAACCAAAUCUGCUGAAUGAAGAAGAGGUCUUUGCGCAUAUUAUACAGACUCCUCCCAGACAUGCCGGGAAGAAAACCUCCUGUCACAGUAGAAGCCUGCCACUGACAGAAGCUCCAUCCACUGAUGCUCAACAAAGCCUGAAACUUUCACAUACACCAGACAGCAUGAGAGCUUUGACUCCGACCGUGGCGGUGCUGUGGGUGAUAACAAUGCCCUGCCUGCAAGCAAUCCACGGACUGUAUAACUUCGGCCAGCAUGAACUAUUCUACAAGAAGAACAACUGCAAGGCAAUCCCUGCGAAUCUCCUGCUUUGCCACGAUAUAGAGUACACGGAGAUGCGCCUCCCGAACCUGCUCGGACACGAAACCAUGAACGAAGUACUGCAGCAAGCGUCGUCUUGGAUCCCGCUGGUCCAGAAACAGUGUCACCCGGACACGAGAAAGUUCCUCUGCUCUCUUUUCGCUCCGGUCUGUCUGGACGAUUUGGACGAGCCCAUACAGCCGUGCAGGUCUCUCUGUGAAAACGUCAAGCGCGGCUGCGCGCCCGUGAUGUCCGCCUUUGGCUUUCCGUGGCCAAAGAUGCUGGACUGCGAGCGCUUCCCACUCGACAAUGACCUGUGCAUACCGCCUGCAAGCAUCGACAGCACUGCGCCAGCCACCAAAGAGGCGCCCAGGGUGUGCGAUGCUUGCAAGGAAACCGAUGAAAAUGACAACGAAAUUGUUGAGAACCUCUGCAAAAAUGACUUUGCUCUGAAAAUCAAAGUGAAGGAGAUCGCCUACAUCAACGGCGACACCAAAAUAGUGCCGGACACGAAGAGCAAGGCAAUCUACAUGGUGAACGGCGUGACGGAGCGAGACCUCAGGAAGACGGCGCUGUGGCUGAAGGACGGGCUGCAGUGUAUCUGCGAGGAGAUGGACGACAUCAACGCCGCAUACCUGGUCAUGGGCCAGAAGAUGGACGGCCAUCUGGUCAUCACCUCGCUGAAGCGCUGGCAGAAGGGACAGCGCGAGUUUAAAAGGAUUUCACGCAGCGUCCGCAAGUUACAGUGCUAGGGAAGAGGGGGAGGAAGAGGUGGGGUGGGGUGGGUACCUGCAUGUUAAGGUCGAAGGUCAAGUUUUGUUGAGGGAGUCCUUCUUUUGUGGUCGCAGUUCUGGUUUUUCUGCUCUAGAGCGCAGCAAAGACGUUUGCUUGGCCUCAGAGGACGCACAGCUUCCUGUUUCUCUCAUCAGUUUAUCAUUGAAUACAGAUAAUGUUUAAAAAAGAAGAAGAAGUUGAAAUGGGGUAUAAAGUAAAGAUAAACACGCUUGAAUAAACCAAAAAUCUUUUAUUUGACUCUAAAAGUAUAACUGUGGUUUUUAUUGUGAAAAUCAGAUCCAGACAGACUUCCAUUGAGUUUGUACGCACCGGUAACAUUAGUGCCCCCUAGCGGCCAAUUUCAAACUGUGCGUCCUUCCCUAGCCAAUGGUCUUUGCUGCGGCCCCAUCAGUUGCAGUUAAUUGCGCUCAGCUGCUGUCCAAGGUCUAGAGGAAUCACAAAUUACACGGAGAGAGUGAAAACUAGCAAAGCUUUGAGUCCAGGAUUUAAAAAUGACUGACUCUACUAAUCACUGGCAGAUGUGGCAUCCUGGUAAAGCUCACAGAGUGAGUGAGUUCAUCAGACUUUUAAGACGUUUUUCUCAUCUCUUCCAGGAGGUCAAAUCAGGUGUUAAAUCUUUUAACAUUAUAGUUUUUUAGCCGUCAUUUCUAUAAAAGCCCCAUUUAAAAUCAACAGCAACAUGCAGACCUGGACAGCUUUGAGAUCAGCAGUAACACAUCUGGUGUACUGCUUGGAUUAAGUUAACGAAGUAUUCUCAUUUUAUAGAAAGUCACUUCUGCCUCAGACGCUAAAGCGGAUUCAUUUUACACAGUGCCCAGCGAUUAAAGCUGUGAUCCAGGGGUGCUUAGCGCGACAUUCAAAUAUUUGUGGUUUUGUAUUCCUACCAUUUCCUCAAAUGAGAGAUAGCUGGCUAUAUUCUCUUCCCGUUCAGUAUUUUAAUAAUUCUUGGUAAACGUUUUGUACUUGAGCAACUGCAUAAUUUUCUACCACCAUAUGAUAAAAAUAUUUUUUUACUCCUAGACUUUCACGUGUCAUGUAAACGUUCAACUUUGCAUCUUCAUUCUGAGUGACGCAAACUGCUUCUUGGUAUUGAUGAUUGGACGGUGGCGGUUUUGUUGAGCAGGUAGCUUGGUAAAUACAAGUAACUGUGUGUUUGUGUGUGUGCUUGAAACAUAAGUCAUUUUGGAUGUAUUACAGUGUAAAUAUCAAAUACUGUCAUUUAUUCUUGUGUAAAGUUUGCAGCAAUUAAAAGAUACAAAGUUAA